GGUCCACGAGGCGGUAGCCUGCCCUUGACUGCACUUGGACUACAUCUCCCAGGAAACGAUCGCGAUCGCGAGUCACCUGACCAUGAGCGCAACAUGGCCACUUUGUAUCAUAUCCUGGGUUGACACACUGUUAUUGAGGGGAAUGUGAAUUGAUUUUAUUUUGAAUUGUGGAAUAUUCACAGGUUGCACGGGUGCGAUGCAGAAGAUCAAGUCGUUAAUGACCCGACAGGGUCCUAAAAGUCCACAAGAAAGUAUGAAUGACCUCAGUCCAGUGGAGAAUGUCAGAAUUCCUAGCAAGGAAGAGCUGAGGGAAAUGAGAGAGCAGCCCAUUGACCCCCAGGCUGAGCAAGAAAUAAUUAAUAGCAUUGAUGAAGUUUAUUUUUCAAAUGAUUCUUUUGAUGUUGUAAAUUAUGAGCUGGAGAAACUUCCUACAGUUCUUAAUCUGGAAGAGAUUGAAGAGUACAGAGACAAACUGAAGAAGCAGCAAGCUGCCGUGUCUAAGAAAGUAGCAGAUUUGAUUUUAGAAAAACAACCCUCCUAUGUUAAGGAACUUGAAAGAGUUACCUCACUACAAACAAAUCUUCAAUUAGCAGCUGUCAUCUGUACAAAUGCAAGAAGGCAACUUAGUUUUGCCAAAGAAGGAUUUACACAAGCCAGCCUCGGACUACUUGCAAACCAAAAGAAGAGACAAUUGUUGACCGGAUUGUUGAAGUCACUGAGAACAAUUAAAACAUUACAACGGACUGAUGUAAGAUUGAGUGAACUAUUAGAGGAAGAAGAUUAUCCUGGUGCUAUUCAGUUGUGCUUAGAAUGCCAAAAAGCAGCCAGCACAUUCAAACACUACAGCUGUAUCAGUGAGUUAAAUUCAAAACUGCAAGACACUCUAGAACAAAUAGAGGAACAACUGGAUGUUGCUUUAUCAAAAACCUGCAAACAUUUUGAUGUUGGCCAUUAUACCAAAGUUCAGCAGGCAUACACACUUCUGGGAAAAACACAGACUGCGAUGGAUCAGCUGCAUAUGCACUUCACACAGGCAAUUCACAACACAGUGUUCCAGGUGGUUCUUGGAUAUGUGGAGCUUUGUGCUGGCAAUGCCGACACCAAGUUCCAAAAGCUGCAGUAUAAGGACCUCUGCACACAUAUCACUCCAGACAGUUACAUACCAUGCCUUUCUGACUUAUGCAAAGCCCUUUGGGAGGUCAUGCUAAGUUACCAUCGUACAAUGGAAUGGCAUGAUGAGCAUGACAAUGAAGAAGUGAUUCCAGCUUCAGAUGGCACAGAUGAACCCAACUUUGAUCGCAGCUAUGUGAAAAAGAAAUUAGAACAUGGAUUAUCUCGCAUAUGGCAGGAUGUUCAACUAAAGGUGAAGGCUUAUUUACUUGGCACAGACAUGUCAAACUUUAAGUAUGAUGACUUCAUUUUUGUGCUGGAUAUUAUAAACAGACUUAUGCAAGUUGGUGAAGAGUUUUGUGGUAGUAAAUCAGAAGUAUUGCAGGAGUCAAUCAAACGCCAGAGUGUAAACUAUUUUAAAAACUACCACAGAAUACGUCUUGAAGAGCUUAGAAUGUUCUUAGAAAAUGAAACUUGGGAACUUUGCCCAGUGAAGUCCAAUUUUAGUAUCACCCAACUUCAUGAGUACAAAUUUAUGGGCCAGUCACGCUCUCCUUCAGUGUCACCUAGCAAGCAAACUGCAGCAGUAUCCACAGUGGCUAUGUCAUUGUUUGAACAGUACCAUAAUGGAGGGAAUCCAUUUGAGAUGCAGACAGACAGCAAAGAUGAUGAAACAGAGGAUGUUUUGGCUGCUAACGGGUAUGAAUCUGAUGAACUGGAGAAGAGUGCUUAUCAGGAAUAUGACAGUGACAGUGAUGUUCCGGAAGAACUCAAGAGGGAUUAUGUGGAUGAGCAAACAGGGGAUAUGCCAGUGAAAAGUGUGUCUCGAGAUACCCUAAGAAGCAGGAAGAAGUCAGAUUACAGCCUUAAUAAGGUGAAUGCACCGAUCUUGACGAACACUACCCUGAAUGUAAUCAGGCUUGUUGGCAAAUAUAUGCAAAUGAUGAAUAUCCUAAAACCAAUUGCUUUUGAUGUCAUUCAUUGUAUGUCCCAGUUAUUUGACUACUACCUGUAUGCAGUCUACACAUUCUUUGGCCGAAAUGACACAUAUGAGUCAUCUGGACUGGGCCUUAUCAGCAGCAGACUGAGAACAACCCUGAACAGAAUACAGGAGAGUCUGAUCGAUGUGGAGGCAGGAUCAGAAAACACUAGUGUUCAUAUAGCACCUGAUGAAAGAAAAGAGAAGGUGCCAAGUCCGCAUUUGAGCCAUAUGGUGGAUUUAGCAGCUAGUGGAUCACUAUAUGGACUAGCAGAAAGAGUAGUAGCAACGGAAUCCCUAGUGUUUUUGGCUGAACAGUUUGAGUUUCUUCAGCCUCAUCUUGACACUAUCAUGCCUGCAGCCAAGAAGCCAUUCCUUCAACAGUUCUAUUCCCAAACUGUAUCAACUGCUAGUGAGCUAAGAAAACCCAUAUAUUGGAUUGUGGCAGCAAAAGCGAUUGAUUAUGAACAGAUGUUACUGCUUAUGGCAGGCGUUAAAUGGGACAUAAAAGAAAUCAUGUCCCAGCAUAAUGUGUAUGUGGAUGUCCUGUUAAAGGAGUUCGAGAAGUUUAGCAAGAGGCUUGGAGACAUCUCUAAACAAGUCCGAAUUCCACUACCUGUGUCGAAUGUUCUUUGGGAACACUGCAUACGAUUGGCUAACAGGACACUUGUUGAAGGCUACGCCAACGUGAAGAAAUGUAGCAAUGAGGGACGUGCUUUAAUGCAACUGGAUUUUCAGCAGUUUUUAAUGAAGCUUGAGAAGCUCACUGACAUUAGACCUAUUCCUGACAAAGAGUUUGUGGAAACAUAUAUCAAAGCUUACUACCUGACAGAAAACGAUAUGGAGCAAUUCAUCAAAAACCAUCGGGAAUAUUCUACAAAACAGCUAACUAACCUGGUGAAUGUGUGCCUAGGAUCUCACAUAAAUAAAAAGGCACGACAGAAACUGUUAGCAGCAAUUGAUGAUAUCGACAGACCUAAAAGAUAGUUUUGAAAAUUCCUCUGCGAUGGCAACACUGUCCUGGGAGAUCAUGACGGCAAAAUACAAGUGAUGAUCACGUCAGAGUUUUAUUACAUUUCUGUGCACUACUGUAAUAAAAAGAACAUUUUACUCAAACUCAAUCACCCAUCAGCUAUUUUAAAUUACAUUUUCUUUGGAAUCAUGCUGAUGUGUCUGCUGGAUAAAAUAUAUGACUCCAGCGAAUAUAUUGAGAAUUCCAUCAUUUUGUUUUUAUUAAUGUAUAUGCUAGCCAAUAUGUAUGUAUAUGAACACACUCUCACACACACACAUAU